UCAGAUAAUAAAUCCAUUGAUCAAUUAAAUUUAUGUCAAAAAUUAUUAAAAAAAAAACUUACAGUAACCGACCAUCUACAAUUUACCGUAACCGACCAUCUACAUUCUUAGGAUAGGGUUUAUCCAAAAUUUGGUGUUUACCGUUGAGGCAAUACUGCAAGUAAUGUACAUAAAUAGAUUAAAUGGCAUGGAUCCGGUUGUACGAAACCAUAUUAGAUCUUAUAAAAGUUUAUAAAAAAUCAAAAUCCAGUAUUUCUUUUUUGAUUAAAAUCAAGUAUUUGAAUUUCCCUCUUUAAUAUAAAUACUUAUUUAUAGUUUACAUCAAUUCAAACUACACUGGAAUUGCUAGUUGGAGUGAUCAGGUCUGAAUCUCCCUCUUCCGUUUUAAAAAAAUUCAAACCUGUCAAUGACACGUGGCUACUGGCUAGUGACAAGGAAAUCGCAAGCGUCACAGGCUGUGUCUCACAGCAAUGGGAAAAAGAGGGAAAUCAAAGCAAAUUCAAGAAGGGUGAUAGUCGAAGUAAGUAGUGCGAGUAUCGCCUCCCCAACCUCCGGAUCCCAGAAGAUGAAGAUGGCGAAUCGUCGUUUGAAGCAGAAAAGCGGGACUAGUUCCUCUUCACCGAUUGUUGAUGAUAAAGGCCAUUGCGAGAAGAGAAUCAACGAUUUGGAGAGAGAAAACCAAGCUCUCAAGAAAGAAAUUGAAGAACUGAGAGACAAAAUGACCAUUGUGUCACCGAAUUCCGAUGGUGGUUUUCAAAAGCCAAAGGAAGAUGAUCCUUACAAACUGCAUGUAUUUGUAGAGAAGGUUCCGGAGUUGAAGAAAAAUGUAAAUCCACAAUCUCAAUUCUCAACGAGUAAGAAAAAGAAUGACAAGUCAGGAAAUCAGUUUCAAAAUGAGAUUAAGAGAUUGAAGGCUCAAAAGGUUCAACUUCUGUGCAAGAUCAAGCUAGAUUCUGUUCAGUUCAGAUUGUGUAAGGCUUCACUAGAAAAAGAAGUUAUUCAGCUUAAGAAGGGGCAGAGGAGGAAUGAGUAUGAGAUGCGUAAACUUUUAGCUUUGAAUGAGAGGCAGAGGCUGGUGUUACAACGCAAGACAGAAGAAGCUGCUCUGGCUGCAAAGCGUUUAAACGAGUUAUUAGAAUCUCGAAAGGCUUUAUUACGCAAAACAUUUGGUGCUCAAAAUAGCAUCAAGCCUGGAAUUCAGGGAAUUGAGCGGGAGCUUGAAGUAGCUACACGAGUGAAUGAAAUACGUGCUGAUUACGAACGGCAAAUGGAAGAGAUGGCUGAAGAGGUCAGAAAAUUUGAGGAAGAAGCGGAGACGCUAAGGGAAGAGAAUUUUAGGUGCCUGUUACAAGAAAAAGAAGUUGAGUGCAGAGUGAAUGAUUCAGAAUUUAGAGACCUGAAAGAAGAAGUAAUCAGAUUAACCAGUUUAAUUAGUCAUCCGGAAAUUCCAAAAGCUCAACAUGUUUACCUGCAGAUGCCAGAGGUAGAUCAAUCCUCAGCUUCUCUUCAAAGUGGUCUCCAAUCAUUGGGUGUGGACUCCUCUGGAUCAGAAUAUUCUGGAGGAAUCGUUGCUGUGUCAGGCAACCCUAAACCAGGAGUAUGCUGCUCUUGUAGUAAAAGAUCUCUCUGCAAGACCACAAAAUGUGGAUGUCUGGCUGCUGGGGGCAUCUGUGGGACAUCUUGUGGCUGUGCAGCUUCUAAAUGCACCAACAGAGAAGUUUUUGUGGCCAAUGCUGGUGGAUCAUCACAACCAAAGAUGGUGGAGAACUAUCCAGGCAUCUUUGAGAAAGAUAAUAGUGCUAUUGCUUCUCAAGGUGCAAUGCUUCCUCAGAACGAACCAGUUGAGAAGCCUGCUGAGAUGAAUGAGGAUUGUGGGCGAAGAAAGAAGCCUUUACGUGACAUUGGCAAUACUAUGAUGAAUACCAAACCUGUAAAGCCUGGCCAGAAAAACAAAGGGAGGAAACCAGUUAAACAACUUGAUACUUCAGAAAAUACAGAAGCCCCAAAGAAAGCUGACAAGAGAAGAGACUAGGCGACUAGCAUAUCCUUGAACCGAGGAAAGCUACGGAGCCAGCAUAUUAGAACAGUUGGCAAUUGCAAAUAGUUGCAAUAUAUUGGGGCAUGAAUGUGUUUUUUUGUGACUUUUGUUGGGCCAUGAAUCAAACGGAUGGUACAACAAUGCCACUUCGGUGAUCUCUUGUGGUUUCUCUCCAUGUUGUGGUUGCUGAUAUUUGAAUAUUUAACAAAAAUGCAAGAGAAUGAGAAAAUUAAAAUGAGAAACCGAGAGAGAUAAUUGAAUCGGAGCCCUUUGGCUCCCAUUCUUUGCUUAUGUUUA